GGACUAUAUCGAAAUCAACCCGGAGAUCCACCAGCUACAACGUCAAGUAGUCGAACCAUACAAAAAAGAAGAUAUCGACCAGGUACUAAAGCAUUAAGAGAAAUUAGACAAUUUCAAAAACUGGGAGAUUUAUUAAUUAGAAAAUUGCCCUUUGCAAGAUUAGUGAAGGAAGUAGCAGAAAAUUUCAUUGGAACCGAUUAUGGUAUAAGAUGGCAGCUGAAUGCGGUUUUGGCCUUACAAGAAGCUUGUGAAGCCUUCUUGGUUCAUUUAUUAGAAGAUACUAAUUUAUGUGCAAUCCAUGCCAAAAGAGUUACUAUAAUGCAAAAAGAUAUUCAAUUGGCUAGAAGAAUUAGAGGCCAA